AUGCAGCUGCAAAAACUGUUUAUCUACAUUUUCCUCUUAGUCAUUUCCUCCGCAGAGCUAGCGGCCACUACGCUAGAAAUCCAACCCCGAAUCAUUGGCGGCAACGAAGUGGACAUCGCCAAGUAUCCCUACCUUGUGUCCAUACGCUACCGGCUCGUAGAAAAUGGUCCUUAUUGGCACAAAUGCGCAGGUGUUAUAAUCUCAGAAGGAGCUGUCCUAACCGCCGCUCAAUGCAUACACGAAAUCCAAACGGAACGCGUUAUGAUCGUAGCAGACGCUAAUCGCCGCACGGGUGGCGAUGGCAAACAAUAUCCAGCUUCCAAGUGGGUUGCACACGCAAACUUUUCAACCUACACGGCCGACUACGACAUUGGUCUGCUGUUCGUCGACUUGCCUUUCGAAUUGUCUGCUGAGAGUUCACCAUUGCGUAGUAUUAGCAUACGUGCACAGCGCCCGGCAGUCAACCGAUUAGCAACAGUUGCAGGUUGGGGAUAUCGCGAGGAAUUCGGACCAUCCUCAAACAACUUAGAGGAGACUAAAGUGCCGAUUGUCAGCGCAGCGGAGUGUAUGGCUAUUUAUGGUGCGGAUGAGCUGAGUGAACGAAUGAUUUGUGCGGGUUAUUUGCAAGCAGGCGGCCAUGAUGCAUGCCAAGGCGAUACUGGCGGGCCGCUGGUGUAUGGCGGAGAGUUGGUGGGUUUGGUAUCGUGGGGGCGUGGCUGUGCGCGUCCCGGCUAUCCCACGGUUUACACCUAUGUGGGAAGUUUGAAGUCGUGGAUUGACGAGGAGUUGCAGAAAGCGAAUGCGUGA